UGCAGCACCAUUUACUUUUCGUUUCCAAUUCCACGUCAAAUAUAAAUUUGGUUAUAAAAAGUUGUAUUAAAUAUUUAUAAAAAAAAUGGUCACAGUCUUAAAUUCCAUCGACACUGGCCAUGAAGAUAUGAUCCACGAUGCCGAAACCGACUUCUACGGUCUUCGUUUAGCUACAUGUUCAUCGGACAACUCUAUCAAGAUCUACGAUAUUAAGAAUGGUGCCCAUACUCUCUUAGAAGAUUUGAAGGCUCACUUCGGACCCGUAUGGCAGAUAGCGUGGAGUCAUCCGAAGUUUGGCAAUCUUCUAGCUUCGUGCUCGUACGAUCGCAAAGUGAUAAUAUGGAAGGAGCAGCAAGGUAAGUGGACGAAGUACUACGAAUACGCCAAUCACGAUUCGAGCGUCAACUCAGUCCAGUUCGCACCACCUGAGUGCGGUCUAGCCUUAGCAUGUGGCAGCAGUGAUGGAUGUAUAUCAAUUCUGACGUAUCAUGAGGAAACAAAUACUUGGGAUGCGAAAAAGAUACAAAACGCCCACGCGAUCGGAUGCAACGCUGUUAGCUGGAGUCCAGCUGUCACCCCUGAGCCUGCUUUUGAUAAUGGCCAGGAGGAAAAAUUCGUAAAACGUUUGGUAUCUGGAGGUUGUGAUAAUUUGGUAAAAAUAUGGCAAGAAGAAGGUGACAAAUGGGUAGAAGUGAAUAAAUUGGAGGUGCAUUCUGAUUGGGUACGUGAUGUUGCUUGGGCCCCUUCGAUUGGUAUUAGUAGACAUUAUAUAGCAAGUUGCUCCCAAGACAGACGAGUCAUCAUUUGGACCAGCGAAGAUUGUAAAACUUGGAAUUCGAGCGUGAUGCAUACCUUUGAUGAUGUUGUGUGGAAUGUCAGCUGGUCGUUGAAUGGGAAUAUUUUAGCUGUAUCGGGAGGCGAUAAUAAAGUUUCUUUGUGGAGUCAAAAUUCAGAGGGCUGGAACUGUAUUAGUGAUGUAUUAAAAGGCCAAUCAACAUUAUAAGAUUAAAACCAAAAAGAUAUUUUCUGUAUUUUACAUUUCUUAAAUAAACCACAGCUUUUACCUAA